AUGUCGGGAUUUGCUCAGAACGAGCGUGGCCAGGGCAUGUCUCACGCCACGGCCCCCUCCAAGCUUUCCGAAGGUAUUCAACGACAAAUGCCCAAAGGUCUUGAGCAGGCUCUUCCUGAGUCUAUUCAUCCCACUGAGUCCACGCCUGGCUCAUCCGGCGGCAUAUCAUAUGCGAAAAGCGACGACGAAGCUUCCGUAUUACCACAAAAGGUUCAGGAGAACUUGUCUGAAAGCACCAAGAAGGCUGCCCCCAGUGCCAUCCAUGACACUGGAGACAGAAAUGAUUUGAGUGGCAAACACUGA